GAAUUUUUGAGAGAGCGCAUUUGAACGCUAAGGGAAAAAAAUGGGGAAUGAAGCUUCUCUUCCAGAUCUUUGCUCUACAUUUGACGUUGAGGAAAUAAAACGUUUGGCCAAACGAUUUAAAAAACUAGAUCUUGAUGGUUCUGGAUCUUUAAGUGUAAAAGAGUUCAUGAGUCUUCCUGAACUUCAACAAAACCCUCUAGUUGCAAGGGUUAUCGAGAUUUUUGAUACGGAUGGCAAUGGAGAAGUUGACUUCAAGGAAUUCAUAGAUGGAAUGUCACAGUUUAGUGUAAAGGGUGAGAAGGAAGCAAAGUUGAAAUUCGCGUUUAAAAUAUACGACAUGGACAAAGAUGGAUACAUUAGUAAUGGCGAAUUAUUUCAGGUUUUGAAAAUGAUGGUUGGAAAUAACUUAAAAGAUACUCAAUUACAACAAAUAGUGGAUAAAACUAUCAUGUUUGCUGACAAAGACGGUGAUGGUCGGAUUUCAUUUGAGGAGUUUUGUGAAGUUGUUAGCGGUCUUGAUGUGCACAAGAAAAUGGUAGUUGAUGUUUGAUAUGUUUUAGUAGUAAGUAUGCCAAUAAAAAUUGUAUAGUUUCUAUUCACUGACUUGGAUAACUGUUAGUAAAUUUCACUUUUUGUAUGUCUCUUUAUUAAACUUGGAUUAUAGAGGCUUACGCUUUACAAACGACAACUAUACUGUCUGUGAAAAGUUUAUUCACUUGUUUAGACAUUGCUCAUAAGAUUUGUCUUUCAUUGUGUUUCUUGAUUUUAUUUUUAUUUCUUUCAAAUGUAUUUUAUUUCAAAGGUCUCAUACCGCUAACUUGUUUAGAUGAGAUAACCUCGUCUCUUCUUAAAAGUCGGUGUAUGAAUACGCACACGUCAACUUAGUUACAUCAUUCGUUUUUACUGUUGUUACUCAUGUCGCUGUUACUGCUUUAAUUUUGCUAAUCUUUGUUGUCCUAAACCACUAAUAUUAAUAGAAUUCGAGGAUCGCUUCAGUUUUCAAUGUUCUGUGCUCCCCCAGUUUUUCUUUCUGUAUUGUCUCGACUUUCAGUUUAUCACUUAGUCGUCUCUAGCGCCUAUGUUUUAAAAUCACUGUGGAUUUUCAUCAUGCUCAAAUUUUUUUGAAUGGUGCAUGAAUAUUUCAUUUUAUUUCAGAAAUAAGCUUGUCACACGAGUGACAGUUAUUAUAUUUCCUUUGCCUAAUUUAUUUCUCAUACCUAUUUUUUGUGUUUUGAAUAAAAGAUCCAUGGUUUGAAUGACAGGUUGGGGAUUUACCUAAACCAGUUACCUAUGAAUAGUGAAACCUUGUGUAUGACUCCCUAUAUCGUAUUUAGUUCAGUCGGGUGACUAGCUUCUAAACAAAUGCGAAAUCCCAUCAAAAUUGGUCUUUAAACAUUUCUAUACAUUAUGUAUGGUAAAUGAUCCAUAGGACCUCUGUAGUCUACAUAUACAUCGGUACUCUGGUCUGCACCAAUCUCUUUCUAAGUUCUCUCCGUAUUUUGAUUUCAGUGUUUGUAAUAUUUAGUAUACCAUAAUCACGUGAUUACAGAUUCUCAGUGGAAGCUAGUUGCACAGUACCUCGGGUUGAAAAUUUGUCUUAAGGAUUUUUAACAGAUUAAAACAUUAAAGUUCCAAGUUUUCCGGUAAGCCAGUCAACAUAAUUCAAAUAAAAUUGUGACUCUUUAAUAACUAGUAAUCAGUAGUCUAACAAUCUUGAGAUUGUGGUACUAUAAACAAACAAGUCCAGUAUUGUUUUUCGUUAGCAGAAUCGUUUUAUACUUGGAGAAAACUUUACAUUUUGUUCUAAGGCAAUUCCUCGUAAGCUCAAGUUCAUAACGUUUAAGAGAUUCACAUAUGAAGCAACCUAAUAAACUCAUCUGAAACGAAAAAUGGAUUGGAACAAAUAUGAUUUGUUGAAACUAAGUUCCUUGAAAUCAUUCUAUUUUAUAGUGAUCCUUGAGCUUGACAAAUAUAGACUGUGAAUAGGAGCAUCUUAUGAUAAGUUUAU